CAGCGCAGCGCCUAGCCGGUGCCGGGGAGCCAGAGCGAGAGAGAGCCGGGGAGAGAGGCGCCUAGCCGGGGAGAGAGAGAGAGGGGGGUCCGCUAAUGAACGGAUGCAGCUGAUCAGCUCCUAAGUGAACAGUUGGACAGAUAACCAACCAUGACGUCGCUGGGGAGUAGCAGUUCCUCAGCUACGGAAUAUACUGUGCGAGUCCCCAAGGGCACCAGCAAGAAGUACAGCAUCAUGGCCUUUAAUGCUGGAGACAAAGUCAACUGUUCCACAUGGACACAGGCUCGAAUGGAACGAGACAUGAGUGCCCGGCGGAUGUAUGGUGAAGAGGAGAUGCCAGAGGGUGCGGCCGGUAGUGAGUUUGGCAAAAAGCAGCGAGAGGAGGCACGUCGGAAGAAGUUUGGAAUUGUGACUCGUGAGUUCAAAGUGGAGGACCAGCCCUGGAUCCUCAAGGUCAAUGGAAAGGCUGGCAAAAGGUUCAAAGGUCAAAAGAAGGGUGGCGUGACAGAGAAUGCGUCCUACUACAUCUUUACACAGUGUCCUGAUGGGGCCUUCGAGGCCUUUCCUGUACAUGGCUGGUAUAACUUCAUGCCACUGGCCAAGCAUCGCACACUCACGGCCGAAGAAGCCGAGGAGGAGUGGGGCAGGAGGAACAAGGUGGUAAACCACUUCAGCAUCAUGCUUCAGAGACGUCUGCGAGAGCAGGAGCGGGGCGAGGAUGAAGGAGAGGAGGCUGAAAAGGGGGGAAAGAAGAAAAAGAAGAAAGGGCGGGGCGGGGACCUGCGCAUCCAUGACCUGGAAGAGGACUUGGAGAUGAGCAGCGACGACAGCGACAGCAGCGGGGGAGAAGAUGGAGAGGGAAAAUCCAAGGCAAAGAAGGAAAAGGAGGCAAAGGCAAAAAAAAAGAAGAAGAAAAAGAAGGGCAGUGAGAACGAGGCCAUGGAAGACAGUGAUGACGGCGAUUACGAAGGACUGGAGGUGGACUACAUGUCAGAUGAGAGCAGUUCAGAGGAGGAGCCAGAGAAGAGCAAGCCCAGUAAGGGAGAGGAUGUCCCCAAAGGAAUUGAUGAAGCAUCUGAAAGUGAGGAAGAGAGCGAGGAGGAAAAACAGAAUGAUGAGGAAGGGAAAGAGGAGGAGGAUGAAGACGAUGGAAAGAAGACUCCAGUCCAAAUGGAGAAGAAGAAGAAAAAAGAGAGCAGCGGAGAAUCAGAUAGUUCAGACGACAGUGACAUUGAGGGAGAGGCAGCCUCCGCUCUCUUUAUGGUGAAGAAGCGCACACCUCCCAAGCGUGGAGGAGGGCGUGGGUCUGGAGGUAGUUCUAGGACUGGCAGUCGACCUGGGACACCAUCCAUAGACUCUGCCACCACCUCCAAUACGUUACGUGCUGCUGCCAGCAAGCUGGAGCAAGGUAAGAGACAGCCCCAGGGUCCUGGCACGGACUCACCCGCUGCCAAAAGGCUGAAGCUGGAGCAGAGCAGUCAGAGCCCCACGCCCUCUGGAAAAUCAACACCAAGCUCCAGCGAUGUACAGCUGACGGAGGAAGCAGUCCGGCGCUACCUGAUCCGAAAGCCCAUGACCACCAAGGACCUUCUGAAGAAGUUCCAGACCAAACGUACAGGCCUGAGUAGCGAGCAGACGGUCAAUGUGCUGGCACAGAUCCUCAAACGGCUCAAUCCAGAGCGCAAAAAUGUCAAUGACAAAAUGCACUUCUACCUCACUGAGUAACCAGUGGAGGUGGCAGAUGGAGAGGAGAGGGGUAUACCCCCCGCUGAACUCAAGCAUCCUGGAGGCGUCUUGUUAGUCCCACAAGACUCCUGCUACAGUAGAAUUUGGUGGAUUUCAUUAUGAACAGUUUGAAAAAAAAAUUCUGAAGGUGUAAAUAGCCUCAUUAAAAGGUGACAAUUAAUGCAACAAACAAAAAAAAAACCUUCGGUAUCUUGAUUUUCUUUUUAUUUCCAUUAACAGAAACCUUAAUAUAGAGAAAAACUAACGUUAGUCAUGAAAGUGGUAUGGUCUCGCCAUGUGUUGAUUAUGUAUUUCUUUGUGGGCUCAGUUUCUAUGUGCUGCUAGUCUUUGCUGAGUUGCUUUUCUAAUAAAAGGUGAAGUCUGCAGGCGUGUCUCGCUGUUUGUAGUCCUGUUGACAGACCUCUAGCUUUCUUCGUGCAGAGCUGGAAAACAAAAGCCACCCAGGCAUAUUUUGCAGUUGCUGGACUGAAUAUUGACAUUUUUGGUCUUAACUC